AUGGUUGCGCCAGGAUUCGCAGCCAGGAUCGCGGUGAAGGACGGCCGGUGGCAUCCAAACCAACGGUCUCCCCCGCAAGCUAUCGGCAACGGCCCAACGGCCUAA